GAUAAAAUUGUAUGUAAAACUUCGGAAGAACUCAUCAGAACGUAAAAUGUUUAAAAGAAAGGUGCCACUAACGACAUUUGAAAGCAACAAUGAAAAUAUCAGAAAAAUACCAUUAUCAAACAUCUUCGCAGCCAAUGAAACUUUGAAUGUUACACUUGACAUAGACAUCAGAAACUUCGAUUUGACAAAGACUAUAGACCUCUCAGAUACAAUAAAAAUUGCCGAAUACAACCCCGUGGCAGUUGGUAUGAUAUGCAUGGGUAUACUCCUGGUAGUUUUCUUUAUAUUUGCUUGGUGGUUUUUAAAGACAAAUUCCUCAGAAGCCUUUGACACCACUUAUACGAUUUCUGAGUUUCCCAAACAUAACCAAAGGCAAAGCAGUCAUGUUCGGGUACAACAUGAAAGUCAGAGUUCUUUUCGCCUUUUAAAUGAAACAAAUACGCAAGUGUCUGAAAAGACACUGGACAUUUAAUAUUACUUCAUUGAUGCUAUUUGACCUUUUGUGCUGUA